AUGGCGGCAUCUUUCCAACUCGAGCGGCCAGACGAGGUUGCAAGCAAAGUCAUGCGGAGAGUGCAAGUCUCCAAGAUGACCCGUGCACUGCAAGACCGCCUUGCACUCGCCAAUGUGAAGAUUCAGAAUGGAUGGGAAAACUUGAGUCUGGAUGCUAUUGAGCCACAGGUGGAGGAGCGAUUAAGGAGGAGAAAGCGACCGGCGUCCAGCAACGACACCAUUUCGGACACGGCAUCCACCACAUCCAGCCGGCUGCAUUCCAGCGCUGGCAUGGCCUCAUCGCCCAUCACCGAGCCCCUCUUCUCAGACGAUUAUCAAAGGUCAGGAGGUAGCGUCUCCCGACAUAAGCGUGUUCGCCCAUCUGAAAUCUCAAACCCCACCGUCACCACCGCCGUUACCGGUAGACGCACACGAGGCGCCGCACAACGCCAAAACACAUGGAAGAAGAAUCAAGGCCUGGCCGUGUCCUCGCCGAUCAAGACUCUACAAUCCUCGCCGAUCAAGCGCUCUGCACGACAUGCCCGAUAUCCCUCACAUCAAGUAUCGCACCUAUCGUUCAUUUCGGAAGGAUCCACCAUCGCCGACGAGCCGCACUCGCCCGAAUUCAGCGAGGAAGACGACGCCGAUCUACCCGUUACCAGCUUCRUAGUGAGCAAGUCAAACCGCUUGAGUUCGUCACGAAUCACAUCUUCUCCACCCCACACACCACCGCCGGACCGACAGAUGCGUAUGAGUAACAAAGUUCAGCAUGUCUCUUGGUCACGGACUCCACGAACAGGAGGCGGAGAUGACGGCGCUGAUCUGCUCAUGUACCUCGCAACGUCACCCUCGCCAGCGAUUGGACAUUCGCGCAGCGCUCGCCAGCCUGUCCUGCAGGCGCCUCCCACGACUCCACCAUGCAAAUCUACGCCCUUGCCAUCUUCUCAUAUGACGCCUGGUAUGACCGGGAACGGCUUCCUUGGCGGGUUCAGCACACCUGGAACCACCUCAUUCGACUUUGGCGAAUUUGUCACCUUCACACCGACCCCCGGAGCUUCGGCGAGGAGGAGGCUCAAUUUCGAGCCGCUCCCACCGCUCUGA